AUGAGGGGGCAACUAAAGGGGGGUGUUUCGCGUCUUGUGUCAGAGGAAGAAUUACAACGAGAUAAAGGUGCUGGAAGGAAGAUGUGGUUUCUUCCACACUUUGCAGUUACCAAAGAAUCUACAACGACUCCUGUGAGAGUGGUCUAUGAUGGAAAGGCAAGGUUCCAUUCACUUAAUGAUUAUCUCUGGAAGGGUGAGAACAUAAAUACUGACCUGUUUAAUUUUGCCUUGCGGUUCCGGGAAAAUGAAGUUGGUAUAAUCGCCGACAUCAGCAAGAUGUUUCAAGCUAUAAAAAUUAGACCAGACGAUGCCCGCUUUCAUCGAUUUGUAUUUCGAGAGAAUCCUAGUCAUCCCAUCCAAGUGUAUGAGUUGACAACUGUUACAUUUGGAGAUAAGCCUUCACCGACUGCUGCCAUCGUGACCUUGAGACAUGUAGUAUCUGAGCAUGCACCUGGUGAUGAUCAGCUAAAAAGAAUUGUGGCUGACCAGUUUUACAUGGAUGACCUCAAUGAAUCGGUUGUUGAUGCGAAUGAGGCUUACAAGAUAAAGUCUAAACUUACCGAGACCCUGAAUAAAGGAAAAUUUGCUAUAAGAAAAUGGCAAUCUAAUGUACAGAAUUUGUGUGACAAAUCAGAAGAUAAAAGUGCUGCCACUGCUUUGGGAACCAGGUGGGACCUUGUGAACGACACAUUAAAGGUCAAAGAAGUAAAGCCGAUUCAAGGACUUGUCCCAACCAAGCGUAAUAUCUUAAAGCAAACCGCCUCUUACUAUGAUGUCUUCGGAAUGCUCUCUGGUAUUCUUGUUCGACCAAAGAUUCUUCUACAGAAACUAUGGCAGCUGAACCUUGAUUGGGAUACCCCACUUAACCAAAAAGGUGAGCUCUGUGCUAUAUUGAACGAGAUCAAUAAAGAUCUUGAAAAAACAACUAACAUUGAAAUUCCUAGAUGCCUCAUUCCAGAGCCUUUCAAAGGAGUAAGACCUUUGCCGGAAGUAUCUCUACAUGGUGCGAGCGAUGCCUCAGAAGAUGCCAUGGGUAUUGGAGUGUGGAUGAAAUGGUCUCAUCCUGAGAUGACUGUGGCUUAUCUGUCGUUUGUGUGUGCACGGGCCAGACUAACACCACUUAAGCAGUCAAGUAUUCCACGAAAAGAGCUUCAGGCAAUUCUGCUGUUGUCAAGAUUAUUGCUUACCGUAAAGAAUGCUUUGAGGUUCAACAUAGCAUACUCAAGGGUCAUGACAGACAGUAUGACUGCAGUUAGCUGGUUGAGAGGGCAAUCCAAGUCUUUUCGCUCCUAUGUUGCAUACCGUGUUGGUGAGAUCACGACUGAGUUCGAUCCUAUCAGAGAUAUCGUUCAUGUACCAUCGAACCAAAACAUCAUAGACAUUGUUUCGAGAGGAGGAACAGUCAAUGACAUGAAGAGGGUCAUCGAGGGACCUGAGUAUCUACGACUACCACCUGCUUCUUGGCCAAAAACUCCAAAGAAUAUUCAAGUUGACCUUGAAGAUAGAGAACAGAAGAAAUUUCACGUCCGAAAUGCUAAGACACUAGCACUCAAAAUAAAUUCUAUUCCUGAGUCUCAACCAAUAGUUGAUGCCGGCAAGUAUUCCAGUUGGCCAAGGCUUAAGAUGAUCACAUCUAGGGUGCUCUCGUUGAAGGAACUGCCAAAGAACCUAUGGUUAAAGCGGUUAACCCAGCAAAUAUCACAGUGGCCUUCUUCUAAGCUACUCAGGGAAGCAGAGUUGUAUUGGAUUCGACAAGCACAAACAGGUAUCAAUUUCAACAACCACAACAUUAUGAAGUUAGAUUCAAUAUUUGAUGAGAACGAGAGAGUGUACCGUGUUGGUGGACGAAUGGACAAUGCACCACUUUCAUAUGAUGUGCGACACGCUUACCUUCUCCCAAAGGAAAGUCAUAUUAGCCUGAUAAUUGUUCGUGACAGACACACACAUGCCCUUCAUGGGGGACAUUUCACAACUGCGACAGAAGUUAGGAAAAGGUACUGGAUUGUUGGAGACAAACAUCUCUAA